AGCAGACAGCACUACAGCAUUGGCAUUAUCAGUUCAGACAACAAGAAUCAACUGUGAGAGGGUGGGCAUCUGCUUGCCUUCUUUGCUCCCUGCUUUCAUACACUGCGUCGCCUACAAAAAAAUGCACCAUGUCCAACCGCGAACAUCGCAUCGCCGGCGCCGUCGACAGCCUCAUCGCCCAUCUCGUGCCCAGUGACCCGGACGAAGAUGAGGCCGUCGCGCAGGAGAGGUACGACAACUGUUUCGAACUGGUGAAUGCCAUUAUACAUGGUCCCGCUUCACCCGCCAGCUCUUCCGACGUCAACCACGCAUCCGACUCGAUCAAGAGGAAGCUGAUCCAGACGGACCCGAGCCAGGCCCUCCGUUUCUCCAACCUCUACACCCGCCUGCUGUCCCUGCCCGUCCUCAACCAGAAAUGGGCAAUCCUCCAUCUCCUGUACCGGCUCGCCGAUUCUCCCGAUCCCAACGAACCUUUGCCCCUCAGCCCGCCCCCACCACCACCACAGUCUCGACCGCAACCGCAGUCGCAACCGCAGUCGCAACGCCAGUCACAGUCCUCCACUCGCUCCCAGAAUGAUGCCGUCUCAAGGAGACAAGAGGAGGCCCGGUCUUCGAGGCCUGCUUCCACCGUGUCCAGGGCGGACGAGGAUGUCAUCCGUGACGCCUUCGCAUCUGAAGCUCUAAACAAGAUCCCUCCGCCAAAGCUUCCACGCGCAGUGCCUGCCGCUGCUAUCGACGAAAAAAGAAAAGGCUCCCCAGAUGAGCCUCCCGCAAGUCCCAAGAGGAGGAAUGUGGCACUCAAAUCGACCCUGCUAGCAGACAGCUACACCCACAUCGACCCCUCCGAGACGGCCCUGUUGCGGGACCUCCCCUUCACCCUCCAGGGUUUAUCUUCCACCACGCUGCCCUUCUCGAAGCGAGAGACUACGAGUACCCCCGACACUCUUGUCCUGCCGUCCACCCUGCCGGCCCCCAUCAUCUCGCUUCUCCAUACCCUCGCCGAACCUUCGUUGCUCUACCGGCGCCUGGAUGCCUUCGUCAAGUCGCCCGCCCAGGGCCUGCUACGCCAGAGCCUUCGUGCUGCCGUCGCCCAAGAGCUGCGCGCCUACCUGACCCUCGUCGCCACCCUCGAAGGCCAGAUCCGCCGCACCCUCUCCACCCUCGACGACUCUGCUCCCAAGGGCGGCAUCGGUAAGGCUGGCGUCACCCUGAAACGCUGCGUCGUCUGGACCAGAGAGGCCACCAUGGGUCUGCGCCUCAUGAGCCUGCUGGCCGAGGAAUCCGAAAACAAGAGAGGCGGCCAGCUCAUCUCCCUCAUCCACGCCUUCUCCUCCUCCCACGGCGACCCCAUGGUGGCCGCCUUCGCCGAGAGGCUGCUCGUGCACGUCACAAAGCCCUUCUAUGACAUGUUGCGCCGCUGGAUCUACGACGGCGAGCUCCUCGACCCGUACUGCGAGUUCUUCGUCAAAGAGCCCGCCACCACCACCGCCACCACUACCGCCACCACUACUACCACCACGCGCCGCGGGGCGGAAGACGCCCAAAACGCGGGCGCCGCCGGCAACGUCUGGGAGGACAAGUACGAGAUCGACAAGGACAUGAUCCCCACCAUCAUCACCCAAGACUUCGCCCAGAAGGUCUUCCUCAUCGGCAAGUCCCUCAACUUCAUCCGCCACAGCUGCCGCGAUUCGCAGUGGGUCGAGGAUUACUCCAAGGACGCCUCCAAGGACCUCCGCUACGGCGACACCGAGACCCUGGAAGCCUGGAUCGACGAGGCCUACAAGACCACCAUGCAGCGCCUCAUCCACCUCAUGGCCGACAAGUUCCACGUCUUCGAGCACCUCCAGGCCCUCAAGAACUACAUCCUCCUGGGCCAGGGCGACUUCAUCGCCCUCCUCAUGGAAUCCCUCGCCGCCAACCUCGACCGCCCCGCCGGCGCCCAGUACCGCCAUACCCUCACCGCCCAACUCGAGCACGCCAUCCGCGGCUCCAACGCCCAGUACGACUCGCCCGAGGUCCUCCGCCGCCUCGAUGCCCGCAUGCUGCAGCUCUCCCACGGCGACAUCGGCUGGGACUGCUUCACCCUCGAGUACAAGAUCGACGCCCCCGUCGACGUCGUCGUCACCGAGUGGGGCAACCGCCAGUACCUCAAGGUCUUCAACUUCCUCUGGCGCAUCAAGCGCGUGGAGUUCGCCCUCGCCUCCACCUGGCGCAAAUCCAUGACCGGCUCCCGCGGCGUCCUCCAGAACUCCGACCCGGACGUCGUCCAGACCUGGAAGGCCACCCGCGCCGUCCUCGCCGAGAUGAUCCAUUUCGUCGGUCAGCUGCAGUACUACAUCCUCUUCGAGGUCAUCGAGUCCUCCUGGGGCGAGCUCCAGAAGCGGAUCCGCCGGGAAGGCUGCACCCUCGACGACCUCAUCGAAGCCCACGCCCGCUACCUCAACGACAUCACUCAUAAGGGCCUUCUCGGCGCCAAACGCGUGGCUCCUCGCGGCGCCCACCCGUCCACAUCGUCGGACCCCAACAACAACAACAGCAACAACCCUUCCUCCGCCGCCUCCGGCGAGGACGACCGCACCUCGUACUUGGCGCAGCUGGGCGACCUCCUCCGCACCAUGCUGGCCUACCGCGACUCCGUCGACGGGCUCUACUCCUGGUCCGUAUCCGACUUCACCCGCCGCCAGGAAGCCGACCUCCGCUUCUCCAGCAACCGUCGUCGUAGUCACCGCCGCCCCCCCUCCACCCUCGACGACGACGACCAUCACCACCACCACCACCACACUCCUAGUACCUCCGCCGUCUCAUCCGAGCUACCCCUCCUGCAGGACCGCCUCCGCCAGCUCGCCACCUCGUUCCGUUCCCGCCUGCAGAUCCUCCUCGGCGACCUCGCCUACCAGCCCGACGUCGACAUGCGCUUCCUGGGCGUCUCCAUGAACUUCAACGAUGUCUACCAGCCUGCGCGGCGGAAGCCCAAAGUCCUUCCGUCCGCCACUGCUGCUGCUGCUGCUGCUGCUGCGCCGGGGUCGGCGUCCGUCUCGGAAGGAAAGGCAGCGGCUGGGGCCUCAACAACAGGGAAGGCGCAAGGAAGUUCUUCCAGAAUGUAAAGAAAGACGAACGGAAACGGGGACGAGGGGGAUAGCAUUGCUUCAGCCGCAAAAGGUGAAGUAAAACAGGAAUUAUAUUCAAUCGGAGGGACAUUAGGGGCUGGUUUUUCAGCUGGGGGGACGGUGUUUUUAACGCACGACUUUGCUAUUUCCCAGAGAGACAAAAGGUAUAUGGGUUUCCUACUAACUCGGGUAAAGGGGAGAGAGAGAACUUGAGAACCCAUCUUGACAUAAAUCAAGCAUCGCGUCUCCAUGAUUUUCCAUCUGGCAGCAUUGCCGUGUGAGUCCGCUCUGAAUCAGACCUGCCCAAACAACUUCGGGAUCUGCAAGACGGCACAAUUCAAGCAAGUCGCAAACAAGGGC